AUGACCAACCUUCCGAUCAGAGAGCCGCCCAAGACCAAGGUUGGGGGUGACUCCUCCAGCUUGUACGACAAGACGCUGUCGACGGCGUCGAACCUGGCGAGGCUGCUGCCGACAGGCACCACGACGGCGCUCCAGACGCUGGCGCUGUCCUUCACCAACCACGGCGACUGCCUGUCGGUGAACCGCUACUUCACCUGGGCGCUCAUCCUCUUCCUCGGCGUGCUCUGCGCGCUCCUCUCCUUCACGGACAGCGUCACCGACCGGCACGGCCACACCCGCUACGGCUUCGUCCACCCCUGGGGCUUCACGCCCUUCAACUCCGACGACUCGGAUGGGGGCGGGGCCAUCCCCACCGGCGACAGCAGGAGGCGGCGCAUGCGGUAG